AUGAGGGUCUACUACCUUCUCUUUGCGUUGCUCUUCUUGUUCUUGCUGCCUGUUCCAGGAAAGAUGGGAAAUGGUGGAAUCAUAAGCAGGUUACAAAAGUAUUACUGCAAAAGAAGAAGUGGCCGGUGUGCUCUGAUCGGCUGCCUUCCAAAGGAGGAACAAAUAGGCCGCUGUUUCCAAGUUGCUGAAAAUGCUGCCGAAAGAAGAAAUGA